AUGCCGGCUGCUGUCCAUCUGCCUGGGACGUGGCUGCUCUGCUUUCUGGCUGCCCCCUGGCCCACCCAGCUAGAAAAACUCUUCCACAUUCGAGACCACUCAGACAUAGAGGAGUCUGUCCUGCACCAAGCAGAGCCUGUCACUGACCUCCAUUCUGCUCAGUUGUUCUUAUCCAAAUAUGGCUGGACAGAAGGGCACAGAGUGAAACUCCUGGUGGGACUUGGCAGAGACCCAGGCCUUGUGAAGGCCAUUGCAAAGUUCCAGUCCUUUAGCCAGUUACCAGUGACUGGACAGCUGGAUGAAGCCACCCUGGCAGCGAUGAACCAGCCCCGGUGCGGCAUGCCUGACCGCCAGCCCGUGCAGAAGGUGGACCUGCUGCCACUGACUUCGGACACUGGCUCAGCUCAGAGAGAUAGGGCGCCUCUGAGCAUCACGCCCAGGGGAGGAAGCACAGACCCCAGUACCAAAGUGCGUAAGAAACGAUUCCUGAAAAUGUUCUCCCCACAAAAGCAGGAGCCCAGCCCCCCAAGUGCCCCAGGACGGAGAGCCUUCUCCAGGAGGCUGCUGAGGUGGAGGCUGGUCGGGGAGGGCUACAGCAGCCAGCUGUCCAUCGAGGAGCAGAGGUUCAUCUUUAGCUUGGCUUUCCGGAUGUGGAGCGAGGUGACUCCACUCACAUUCAAAGAGGACCUCCUUUCUCCUGCAGCGCGCAUCGAUAUCAAGUUGGGCUUUGGAAGAGGUCGACACCUCGGCUGCAGCCGGGCAUUUGAUGGAAGCGGCCAAGAGUUCGCCCAUGCCUGGAACUUUGGGGACAUUCACUUUGAUGAUGACGAGCACUUCACGUCCCCACCCAGUGACAGCGGGAUCAGUCUUCUCAAAGUAGCAGUUCAUGAAAUUGGCCACGUCCUAGGCUUGCCUCACCUGGACCGGACGGGAUCGAUAAUGCAGCCGAAUUACAUUCCCCAGGAGGCUGGGUUUGAGUUGGACUGGGCAGACAGGAAAGCAAUACAAAAACUGUACGGGUCAUGCGAAGGACCGUUUGACACCGCCUUUGACUGGAUCCGCAAAGAGAAAACCCGCCUAGGAGAGCUUGUCGUAAGCUUUAGCACAUAUUUCUUCCGCAACAGCUGGUACUGGCUUUAUGAGAACCGCCACAACAGGACCCGCUAUGGGGAUCCGAUCCUCACCCCCAUUGGAUGGCGCGGAAUUCCCUCUCGCGACAUCGAUGCUUAUGUCCACAUAUGGACCUGGAGAAGAGAUGAACGUUACUUUUUCAAAGGGAGUCACUACUGGCGGUACGACAGUGACAAUGACCGGGCCUACACGAAAGAUGAACAAGGGAAGAGCUAUCCCCAGCUCAUCUCGGAGGGCUUUCCCGGCAUCCCCAGCCCCCUGGACACGGCCUUCUACGACCGGAGGACCCAGCUCAUUUAUUUCUUCCAGGGGUCUUUGGUGUUUGCGUUUGAUGUGGACACACACCAAGUGGCUAAAUCUUAUCCAAAGAGUUUGGUUGACGCUUUCCCGCCGGUCGCUCCCCCAAACCAUCCCUUCAGGGACAUAGACUCGGCCUACUUCUCCUAUGCACACAGCGCCAUUUUUUUUUUCAAAGGGAAUGCAUACUGGAGAGUGGCCAAUGACAAAGACCGCCGGCAGAACUCUUCAUUGGCUUUCAAUGCGCUAUUUCCCAAAGAGUCCAUCUCGCAGAAGUGGUUCGACAUUUGUGACGUUCAUCCUUCCACACUGAAGAUGAAGGAGCAAAAUGCAGACAGAAAUAUCGGCUAG